UGACUACUUCACCCGGCCGGCCGCCUCCUGCUCAGGUAGACAGGACCUAACGUUCCCGCUGAAAGUCUCCUCUCCUGACCUGCAGUCACCUUGCGUUGUCCAUCAUGGCGGUGAACGGCACGUCAGACAUCUUGAGCUCUGCCUACCUGGCGGUGGAGUACGUAGAUGCGGUGUUGCCAGAAAACCCCUUUCAGCCCUCCAUGAAAAACGCCUGGGGCUACAUGCUGGAUAACUACACCAAGUUCCAGAUUGCCACCUGGGGGUCGCUCAUUGUCCAUGAGUUCAUCUACUUCCUGUUCUGCCUGCCUGGCUUCCUCUGGCAGUUCAUGCCCUUCAUGCAGAAAUACAAGAUCCAACAGGACAAGCCAGAGACCUGGGAGAAACAGUGGAGAUGUUUCAAGAUGCUGCUGUUCAACCAUUUCUGUAUCCAGCUGCCGUUAAUCUGUGGGACUUACUACUUCACUGAAUUCUUUAACAUCCCUUACGACUGGGACUCCAUGCCACGCUGGCCCUAUGUUCUGGCUCAGUGCUUGGGCUGUGCUGUUGUUGAAGACACCUGGCACUACUUCCUCCAUCGCCUGCUGCAUCACCGCAGGAUCUACAAAUACAUCCACAAAGUCCACCACGAGUUCACCGCUCCGUUCGGCAUGCAGGCAGAAUACGCCCAUCCUGCUGAGACGCUCAUCCUGGGAGCUGGUUUCUUCAUCGGCAUCAUGAUCUUCUGUAACCACGUGUUCUUCCUGUGGGCCUGGGUGUCCUUCCGCCUGCUGGAGACCAUCGACGUUCACAGCGGUUACGACAUCCCUCUGAACCCACUCCACCUGAUCCCGUUCUACGCCGGAACCCGUUUCCACGACUUUCACCACAUGAACUUCGUCGGGAACUACGCGUCCACCUUCACCUGGUGGGACAAGCUGCUGAAGACGGACAACCAGUACAACAGCUACAUGCAGAAACAGGGAGACAAGAAGGAGCAGUAAACGGCUCUGUGCCUCUGUUCAUACACUCCCCUGGAUUGUCAGGAAGGAGAAGGAGGCAGCGAGUUGGACAGACACACCACCAGCGCUGUGUUUCCUCACACACUAAAGGUGUACUGAUUCUGAACCGGACUGCAUGUUGACUUCAGUCCGUCUUGUGUGCCUUUUUUGCAAUAGAAGUAAUUCUGUCUGCUUCUGUCAACAGCUGCUGGCUGAAUAAAAAACAUCAACAUCCUCAUUU